AUGGAAGAAGACAUUUGUAAGGAACUCCCGAGACGGCCUGAACAAUCAACUGAAAACAUGAAACAGCCCUGUGAGGUUUUAGGUGAGACUGAAACUCUGAGAAAAGGAGAAGAUGGCAGCAGGCCAACGCCCGCCGCAGUUCGGCCAUAUUGUUGUUAUUACCUCAUUAAGAGGUCGGACUGCCUCCCGCUGUUUGGUUGGAAGCCAGCUGAGUUUGGCAGAACGCCCGGAUCAAACCGCCCCUGGCAGCCAAUCAGAGAAGAGAACAGCCAGACUGUGAAAAAAGGUUUGGACCCUCCUUCAGUCCUGUUAGAAGUAAACUUCCUGGUUGGAUUGUCAACAAAGCGGUGUCGGGUUACACGUAGUGGGACGUGUCUGAAGGAAAAUCCGGUUCUGUUCCGGUACCGGUUCAGAACUCGAUCCGUUCAAGAGUCUCGUCUACUUGCGUCGAACUUCUUUUCAGAUAUGAAAAUGACUUUUCGUCGACUUUUGUCGUCGAUUAUCGUGUCUUUAUGUUGGCUGUUUGUGUUCGUUGUGGAGGAAGCGGUGACCAACAACGUCACCGCGGCGCCCGACGCCACCGUGAAGCCCUCCAGCCAGGGGAACUCCACGAGCGCCCGCCCGGUGAUGACUUUCGACGGCUCCCAUGUGAACAGCUCCAUGAUCCAGAGGGCCCUGUUCGUCCUCAUAGGCAUCACGAUGAUCGGAGUUCUCUACUUCCUCAUCCGAACUGUGCGGCUGAAGAAACCCAGCCAGAGGAAGAAGUACGGUCUGCUGUCCAACUACGACGACUCGGUGGAGAUGGAGGCAGUGGAGAGCGAGGAAGACGACACGCUGUACGAAGCUCGCAGCCUCCGCAGAUGAGCACUGCUCUUUGAUGGACCCGACCAGAACACCGGGUGAUUGAGAACAACGGACCAAAGAGUCUCGGAAGACAAAAACCAAACCUUCAAGCUGCAGGACGCCGCAGAGCGGGACGACCACCAGGAGGAGUUUGUCGGUGGAAACAGACUUUGUGGAUCCUCACGAGGCCAAAUCUUUCUCUUUACUAGUUCAGAGUCUCCGUUGUUGUGUUUUAGUUCCUGAGCUUGUCUGCGCUCAUGGUUGUGCUGAACUACUGUAGAAGCUCUGAAGGUUCUGUUCACACGAGAUGGGACCGAUCCAUCAGGACUUGACCUCCUGACAGACUCUGACUCUCCUUCCUGCGCAGAUAACAAGUGUUAAAGUCUGCUUUUGGUACUGAUGCAGCUGAUUUUUCUGGUGUUUUCAACUUUAAAAGGAAACAAAGUUUGUGUAAAAAAAAUCACAUUUAUAAUAAUUUUUCAGGCUUUGAUGUUUCCGCUCUACUAACCUAAUUUUGUAUUAAAAUAAAACAAAUAAAGAACUUUAUUUCUGA